GUAGCAGCUGUACGCGUACUCGCCAGUUCAUUCUCAAAAAUACAACGCUUCCUCCAGGUUUAGUUUAUAAAGUUUAAAUUCUAAACGUCCGUUUGUUUUUGGCGAGCAUGAGUCUGUUAGGAUUUUGAGACUCGGUUGUUAAAGUCGUUGAUAGAGUCUAGUUUGGUAACUGAUGGCGUUACUGUGUGUUGUGGUGAGUGGAGUGAUUCUCACUGCUGUAAUAUUAAUAACACUCUUCAUUUUACGAUUAUUUGGGAUUUUGCGACGUGGAUGUGAAUAUAAACCAGGAAAGAAGGGCUCUGUGUCAGUCCUGGUGGUGGCAGGGUCGGGAGGACACACAACAGAAAUCAUCCGUCUGAUGGGGAGUUUGUCUCAGUCUUACAGCCCUCGACACUAUGUGAUCGCAGACACCGAUAAAAUGAGCGAAGAGAAGAUCCGAACAUUUGAAGCAGAGCGGGAGAAAAGCUCUUCACCCUCUCAGUUCACCAUUCACCGGAUUCCUCGCAGUCGGGAGGUGCGUCAGUCGUGGAGUUCCUCCGUGUUGAGUUCCCUCGGUGCUCUGAUAACGUCCGUCCCGCUGGUCUUCAGGCUUCAGCCGGAUGUGGUGCUGUGUAACGGUCCAGGAACAUGCGUCCCCCUGUGUGCUGCUGGGCUGCUCCUGGGUAUCCUGGGCCUAAAAAGAGUCCUGAUCGUCUAUGUGGAGAGCAUCUGUCGUGUAGAAACACUGUCUCUAUCUGGGAAGAUCCUCUAUUACUUUUCGGACUACUUUUUUGUUCAGUGGACGCCACUAAAAGACAAAUACCCAAACGCCAUCUUCUUGGGGAGACUGGUGUGAUCCCUUUCCGUGGACUUUUUCACUUUUGCGUUGAGAAUUACAAAUCCUUUUGACACUGUUCUUCACAUUCAGCUCAUUCCUGUGCGGUUACUGAUGCGCCGAAUGCACAGCUAUGACAACUCGCUGAAUUUAGUCUUUUCAAACAGUCACGACAGGCCGAUGAGAUGUCCUGUUCUACUUUUCACGCCUUCUUGAAAAGUCAACAAAACUAAAGCCAGAGAUGUUUUUACACGUGCAGGUUCUUCUAAUUGCAUUCAUAGUUUGGGUGCUUCUUUUGAUGCGCCACUUCAUAGGAAACAGUAUUUGGCUUUUGAUCACUAGUUUGUCCAUUAUGCUGACAUUUAGAUAAUUGGAAGACUUGUUUUAAAUAUAUGUCGUGAUACGUUUUUUUAAAGUGUUGUCAUGAAAUAUUUUUCAGCUCACCACGCAUUUCGGUGGUACUUCAUUGUCCUCCUGUGCUGGAAUGUGGUUGAAGGGGAAAUGGUGUGAAAUACAGACUAAACGGAUGGAAAAGCUGCAA